GGCCGCGACCGAGGAGGCGGCGGCCGAGGCGGCGGGGAGGGGGGUGGGGGGGACGGAGAGCGGCUUCGCUCGUAGAGGGGGAGAAGAGAGGAGAAGGGAAAAAACACCUCCUCCCGCCGACCGGCCAGCGAACCCGCCGCGGCGGGAGCGAGCGAGCCAGCGGGGCCCGCGGCGCUGCGCCCAGCCAUGGACAAUCAGUGCACGGUUCAAGUGAAACUGGAGCUGGGGCACCGAGCCCAACUGCGGAAAAAGCCCACGACCGAAGGGUUCACCCAUGACUGGAUGGUGUUCGUGCGCGGCCCGGAGCAGUGCGACAUCCAGCAUUUUGUGGAAAGGGUGGUUUUCCGGCUACAUGAGAGCUUCCCAAAACCCAAGCGAGUGUGCAAGGAGCCCCCUUACAAAGUGGAGGAGUCUGGCUACGCAGGCUUCAUUAUGCCCAUUGAAGUGCACUUCAAAAAUAAGGAGGAGCCGAAAAGGGUUUGUUUCACCUACGACCUGUUCUUAAACCUGGAGGGAAACCCCCCCGUGAACCACCUGCGCUGCGAGAAACUGACUUUCAACAACCCCACCAAGGAAUUCAGACGCAAACUCAUCCGGGCCGGAGGGGUGAUGGUAAUGCCAGAAGGAGCAGAGACUGUGUCAAGGCCCAGUCCCGAUUACCCGAUGUUGCCCACGAUCCCGCUCUCUGCCUUCUCGGAUCCCAAGAAGACCAAACCGUCCCAUGGCUCAAAGGAUGCAAACAAGGAAAGCAGCAAGGCAUCUAAGCCACACAAAGUAACCAAGGAGCACAGAGAGAGGCCGAGGAAAGACUCUGAGAGUAAAAACUCCUCCAAAGACCUGGAAAGAGAACAAAACAAGCCUUUGAAGGACUCCUCCAGAAAACCAACCGAGAACAAACUGCCUAAGGAGGAGAAGGCGCCUCCAAAAGCUGCUUUCAAGGAACCAAAACUGGCGGUGAAGGAGACCAAACUGGAGAACACUUCUCCGAAGGGCGGGCCGCAGCCGGAGCUCAAGUCUUCCAGCAAGAGGCCGUCCAACGUGGAGUCACCAAAGCCCAGCGCCAAAAAACAGAAAAAGAGCAGCUCCAAAGGGGUGAAGAACAUCCUGGGGACGUCUCCACGAACCUCGUCUUCCUCAUACCCAGAGAAGAAACAAACCAAGGAGAAGAUGAAUGCCAAAGUGGAAAAGGUAAAAUCGGAAAGUGAGGCCAAGGAGAUCAAAAAGCCGGUGGAAAUGGACGAGUCCAAUUCAGAGGAUGAAACUUCUUUCAAGUCAGAGUCUGUCCAGUCCAGCCCUUCCAACUCCAGCUCCAGCUCCGACUCCAGCUCUGACUCUGAUUUCGAGCCAUCUCAGAACCACAGUCAAGGUCCCCUGCGCUCCAUGGUGGAAGAUCUGCAGUCGGAGGAGUCGGAUGAUGACGACAGCUCCUCCGGAGAAGAGGCCGCGGUCAAAGCCAACCCGGUCAGCCGGGAUUCCAGACUGAGCCUGAGUGACAGUGACAGUGACAACAGCGCCGAUUCCUGCCUGCCCAGCCGGGAGCCGCCCCCGGGCCAGAAACUGCCCCCAGCAAAUAACAAGGCAUCUGGAAGGAAAAGCCCGGAGUCUUGUAACAAGCCAGAGAAGAUCCUGAAGAAAGGAACGUACGACAAGGCCUACACGGACGAGCUGGUGGAGCUUCACCGGCGGCUCAUGGCCCUGCGGGAGCGCAACGUGCUGCAGCAGAUUGUAAACCUCAUUGAGGAAACCGGGCAUUUUAACGUCACCAACACAACCUUUGACUUUGACCUCUUCUCCCUGGAUGAGACGACCGUCCGUAAGCUGCAGAGCUACUUGGAGGCGGUGGCGACAUGACGCUUGGCGUCGCAAGCAGGCUGCUUUCCGACCCGGCGAUCCCCUUGAUUGGUACCAGGAAACGAACCCACGGAACUAGGCCUUCUUUUCCUCCUGCUCCACCCGAAGCACUGCCUUAGAGAACAGCCAUGCUCGAUGAAUGCACAGCCAGCUGCACUUUCUUGUAGGCUUCAAACAAGCGCCCGUAUUGCUGAGUCUGUCCUCCCCGGCUUCGUCGUUGCGCUUGGGCGCCGGUCCCGAGCGGAGCAAGAGACGUGCUGCACUUAGCUGCACAGCGCGACCUUUUUUUGGUUUUCCUCUAAGAACCUGUGUUUGAAGAGCACGUUUUCAGGCGUCUCCGAGAUCUGAAGAAGUGUGGAUGGUGUUGUUUGUCACCCAAUCGAGGGACCAGCCUGCGGAGAGCUCCCGCGAGUCCCAUCUCCUCCAGCUCCGCCAAGAAGCGUCCGCGCUGCGUAAGCAAAAUUGGCUUUUACAAAGCUGAGCCGAGAGACUGAUGACAAGAGGAGCUUCCGGGGGGCCCUGCUGCUCCGCUGCAGCGGGAGAAGGGAACGGACCCCAGUUUGGAUGGCCUGCGAGUGAGCUGUGCCGCGCUUCGGCACCGAGCGCCGCGGGGAUUCGGCAUCGCGGUUCGGCUCCCGGCAGAGACGGUCCGAGCUCCCCGGAGGCCUCUGGAACCUGCUGUCCCCACCGGGGUUUUGAGAUGUCUUGUUUGUUGAUCUGAGCUCCUAAACAAAAAGUCUCACUCCUUUCAGUCUGCUUUAACUGUAAUAGGACUACGAAACUGUAAGCUGUAUAUUUUAUAUAUAUAUAUAUUAUAUAUAUGUAUGUACUGUAUGUAUAAGAAGGGCCUAGUUGGGUCUUAUGAUCUUAAGGGUGUGUUUUUUCUGUUAAUGUUUUUUAAUGGCUAUGGCAGGGGAAGGGCGCUUAAUAAGAUUUGACUUGUUUGUUCAAAUUGCCUCUUGUGGACAGUUUGUAGUGUCUGAAAGCUGAACAGCAAACUUCAGAACGUUUUGUGCUCUGGAAGGGACUCACCCGUCGUCGUCUCAUUUGUCAGUGUUUAAUAACUUUGCCAAAAUACAUGAUUAGUUUUGCUCUGUGUUCUCGAAGAGGAAUCUCCUCCAGUGGCCCCUAUAGUAGCGGCCGUACGUUGGGAAAACCAAAACAAGGGAGAAAACGCUGGUUUAAAAGCCAGCGCGGUCAGGUUCGGUUCCUCCUCCCUCUCCCACCCGCUGCCUGUUCCAGAAACAGCAGGAAACAGUAAACACUAAUCCACAGUCUUUCCUGUAUUAUAUUUCUCGUUAAAGUAGCGUUGACUUGCGAGUGUUGUGAGGAAAGUCCCGGAGCUUUCAUCAAAACCCUACUACUCCCGUUCCCUAAAAUUCAGUAUUUUGUUAAACAAUUGCUCAGUUUUUCCAAUUGGCGCGGAAGCUUUUGCCAAACGUUGAGUGGGCAGCGGCGCGGGGGACCCGUCUGUACACGAACAAACCCCCCGAACCUGCGACGGGCCGGCGUGGUGCCCGCGGUGCCCACGCCCAGUCGCUGUCCCUGCUCCCCCGGAAUCGCGUCCCUUGUUUUGGGUUACCCCGUCCUUUAUCAUGGAAAUGUUGCAACUAAUCAACUGAAGUGGCAAUAUGAUGAUAAGCUUGUUUGAGUUGGGUCAUGUUGACCUGAUUCCCAUUAAUUUUGUCUUCGUAACAUCUUUCAUGUGUCGUGUGUGUGUAUAUAUAUAUAUGUGUAUACAUAUAUAUAUAUAUAUAUAUAUAUACACACAUAUACAUAUAUAUAAAAAGAAAUCAAGCUCAUGCCAGGUGCAAACCCUGUCACACCAGUGAUCGCAGCUGUUGUUCUUUCUUGAUGGACGAUGCCAAGCCCGGAUGGAACCCCGAGUGCAGACGGACGCAGAGAAGGUGGAGGAAGAGGAGGAAGAGGAGCAGCCGCGGGGCUGCAGAGGACGCACAAGGUCCCUGAGUGUCACGCAUCCACCCAUGGGUACGUGCGAACCACUUGUGGUGUGCGGCACGGAGGAGACAAGCCUUGUGCGGUCACGAUGGCCCCAAACUUGGUGGCCCUGGGGCUGGUGACGCUGUGUCCUGUCCCCAUAGCAGCCGCGGUGGCCAGGCCGAGACCUCCUGAGGUCUGUGCCUCCUCUCCCCACCUGGGUAACUCACUGUGUCACCCAUCCUGGCAGCGUUUGUCCUGGGGCUGCGUGGCCUCCAGGUCACCCCCGAGGGGUCCGAGGUGCCACCUCCUUCUGUCCCCAAGAGCCGGGUGGUCCCGCUGCUCCCACUGAUCCACAAACACGUCCGGAGGGAGUUUGAACGGGCUGGGAGCGCCCGGGCCCGGCGGCCACAGCAUCGUCCUGUCCUGGAACCGACUUUAUUUGUGAAGUCGAAUGAGCGUUGAUAGGAAUUUUGUUUGGUUUUUAUAAGAAGUAUUUUACACAUGGAUUUUUUUAGCCUGUUUAUAAUCUCCUUGGAAACCUGAGCUAGGAUUGUUCCCCCAGCAAUAGUUCUUCUCCAUUGUGUGCACAUGCUGAUUUGUUACUAAAAGGUUUCUUGCAAGUACUUAGUUGUUCUACAGAGUUGUUGUUUUUCGGGGUACACGGUAGCGCCGGGGAGCACCGGAGGAGCGGCUCUGCAAACCCAGGAUGCUCGACGCGGGGCCUCGUCUCGCGUCCCCUUCCAGUUCCAAGCGCCGAGUUCCCCGUGUAGAUUUCUAGGCUGGCUGAAUGCUGUUCUGAACAUGCCGUGUACAGGUAUUUGUGGAUCAAGUGUUUGUUCUUGUGUCACUCUUGAGAGCAUGGAUGGAUUGUUGUACUCUAGAAGGAGGCGGCAGUGCUGCUGUCAGGUCUUCGAGGAUGUGUAGUAGCUUGCGUUGUUUAAAAAAAGGAAAAAAAAAAAAGACUUCUAGCCAUAAUGGUUUUUAUUUCUGAGUAAAUGGACAGAACUCUUACUCCUCAGUGUCCUUCACCGUGUUGCUGAUGGGUUCGGAGUCGCUGAAGCGAAUCAUGUUGGAGGUGAGAUCAGGACGCGGCUUUUCCUUUGCCCUUGGCCUCUGGGCCAAAGGGGGAUCAGGAGUGUUUUCCUGUUGUCUUGGUCUGCGAACGUUUGAAGCCUGAUCACUGACAUUUGCUAUUAAAGAUUCACCGAGUCAACUGCCGCACGCCGACCCGGCCGAGGAGCGUUGGCCACGCGGUGCCGAGGCCGCCGGACGUGCAAUGACUUGGCCGCCGGUUCCACGGUGGGACGAGCGAAGCGAUCGAUGCAACAAUCCAGAAGCAGGUUUUUUAUUUCAUAUCUCGUCAGAUCUUGGAACGGAUUUGAUGGCGAGUGAGGUUUAAAGGUCCCAUAUGGAGCUCGUAUGGCGUGGCUUCUCCGGGUCGCCGCUUGUGUCCGCGGGCAAGUAUUGACUUAAAUAAAGAUGAAAACCCAUCGGUAUUCGCUUUCCUGGGGCGCGUGAAAAUAGCCAUCAAAACCUGACAAGAUGAGUUUGCACUCCUAAAGAAAAACUGUAAGUACUUCAACUUCUUCUAGAUGAUUUUUAACUGUAUUUCUGCCUAGAGCGCGAGGUAUUAAAUACCUCGGCACUUGAGCAUUUUAAAAGUUGUGUUGGGAAAGGAAAUCCUUCGCGCAGCUGUAAGAAAUUCAGCUCACUUCAAGAUGAAAAAAAUCAUGUUUGUAAUAUGUUACGGGAUUGUUCGUCCUGAAUUUUAAGCUUUUUUUUUGGUAAAUUUGUGGAAUUAUGGAGGAAUUUUCUAGAAAAAAAAAAAGUGAAAUAAAGUAAGAUGGAAAAGUCCAA